GAUAACUGACCACUUGACUUACUCCGACUUUGUCCAUACAUCGACUCAAGCAGCAAACAUCACAAACAGCAAUGACCAAAAGCAGCGUGGAUUCUGAAACCGUCGCAAAAAGUGCAACCGCGGUCGAUUCUCCGCCUGACCAUGUCAAGAGCACCGAAAAUGAUUCGGGCGACGAGCAUGCAAGAAAACGACCCAAAACAAGUGGAAGCCCUAGCACUACUGGUAAAACCAGGGGCGGGUUCGAUGAUAUUCUGUCGCCUGAUCUUUCGGAACGAAAAUCCUCCAUCCUCCAAAGCUAUCAAGCCGCCGAGCCCUUUCCUUAUUUCCAAAUCAAGGACGUCUUCCGACCUGAAUUUCUAACGGCAUGCAAGGAGGAAAUAAAGGCUCAAACCAAGGUUAAUUUCAAGGAAUCCGAUCUGUUCCGAGUCUAUCAGUCCAUCGAUUUUGCCAACCUCGACGAAGAGCGCGCAAAGGCGAUGCAGCUGGACCUAUCCAAACUUCGCACCAUCGCUAGGCUGAGGGACCUGUUGUAUUCGCAGGAAUGGAGAUCCCUUGUCGAGGGCUUUGCGGGGCUGCCCCCAGGAACGCUGAUCGACAAGAUUGAUUGCGCCUGCAACUGUCAUGCCCCAGGGUGUCACCUCCUGUGCCACGACGACGUGAUCGGAACACGCAAGAUUUCGUACAUUAUUUAUAUGACGGAAGAAAACUGGGACGGCCCCACCGAGGGUGGAGCGUUGGAGCUGUAUGGACCGCAAGCGGACGAUAAUGAAACGAGUUCGUCGCGAUCCACACCGAUUCCGGUGGCACGGGCCUGGCCGGUUUUCAACAGCAUGGCCUUUUUCGAGGUGCUACCGGGACGAUCGUUUCACGCGGUGCAAGAAGUCACCGGGGACCGCCCGAGGCUCAGCCUCCAGGGGUGGUACCAUUCCAGAGAUCCACCUCCGCAAGAGGAACUUCAAAAGGCAACCCUGCAACAACUCAAGUCCAUGAACAAGAUUCUGGCUGAGAACGACGGGGACAACAACGACACGAAACCACCGUCUGUUCCCACUUCAGAAGAGCACGACAAAGACGCAUUCUCUGAGGAAGACCGAAACUACCUGCGAUCCUACAUCCAGAACGAAUACCUCACAGAGGAAUCUAUGAACGAGAUCCAAAUCAAGUUCGAGAACAAUUCGACGAUCCAAUUUCGGAAUUUCUUGUUGCAAAAGUGGGUGCCGAGGAUCGAAUCCAAUUACAAGAAGAGCGAUGACGAAGGCGACCAAAAACCAGUCGCCAACAGCAAAAGCGAUGAAGGAUUAGAAACGCACUACGGAAAAGGAGUGACAAAAGAGUGGCGAACCCGUGGUCCCGCACACAAACAGCGAUAUCUCGCCUACGAGGGAACCGACGACGGUGGCAGUAGCAGCACCAAACUCGAUUCUAAUGACGAUGCAUCAUCUCCUGAGGCCGUUGGAAGGCUCCUGCAGAAGGUCCAGAAAGAGGUUUUUGAAUCGGAACAAUUUCUAAGGUAUCUCAAGCGGGUGACGAGCUUGGACAAGCCCACGGGGUUCGGGGGUAGUGGCGACAGGAUUCGACGGUUCCGACCCGGACUGGACUACACGGUUGCCCACUAUGGCCUGCUGCAGCAAGAAUCCGUUCUGGACGCUACCAUGUGUUUUGUGAGGGACACUACGGAAUACGACACGGCCAUGUGGGAAUCGGGGGACAUCGGAGGAUUCGAGUGCUAUAUCGAGGCCGACAUUGACGAGGACGAGGACAUGGACAUGCAAGAUGGUGGUGAUGGUUCUUCACAGCAGCAACCAGUCGAUGGAGAGAGCGGUGCCACAGACGCCGCCGCGGCGAGCAAACCCUCGUCCAAGGGACAUCAAGCCGCGGAUGAAUACAACGAGGACGACGACACGGAACUGCUUAGUGUGAGUGCAAGCAACAACACGCUGUCGCUGGUCUACCGCGAUCCGGGAACCAUGAGGUUUGUCAAGUACGUGAGCUCCUCGGCACCCUCCUCAAGGUACGAUAUUUGCAUGGAAUACGAACUCCCACCGGACGAUGACGAUGGUGGUGAAGACACAAACGAUGCCGAUGGAGUGGAAGAAUCAGAACAAGCGUAAUUGUCAGUUUUUUGGCAAGACCGGUUUGCAAUUAGGUCCUUGGCGAGCACAGGCGUCGGUCCCGAGAGGUUAGUGUUGAAAAAGAGUGAACUCGAUCACACGCAAUCCACUAACAGAAUACUGCUAUGCGGAAAGCCAAUCUUGGUGCAAUCGUAACUCGUAUCAGUCAUCGGUUGUGGUAACGCCAGAAUGGCUAUCACUAGUGCAAUCCGUUUUUUUCGAGCGGCAAAAAAUGAACCGGUGUCAGUGCAAGUAUUCUGAAGCGGAACAAGCAGCAAUAAGUCGAUUGACAUGGU